AUGCGAGGCCUCCAGGAUUUUCGGUUUUGCAGCCUUAUCGAAAGGCUCACCGCCCUGCAGCGCUUGACCCCCGCAGCUGCCACUGGGCAUCGGGGUGCUUUAGCAGCGCAGGCCCAUGCACUGCUGGACCGUCGGAAGGUGGUGCGGGAGUGUGCUCUGGAUAGCCUCUGGGAGGCUGCUGGAAACCAACGGCCAGAGCCAGGUGGUGCAGUCCAUGCACAGCUGCAGGAUGUGCUGCCACCAGAAGAUGCGGGAUACCAGAUGGAGUCUCGGCGAGCUGCAGCAGAUGCCUUGAUGCGUUUAGGGCCCAGGGGUGACGAAACCUUGUU